GAACAAUACUAAAGCAGACCGGCUCAUUUUUAUGUUCUUUCCUUGUAAUCUCGGUCAACUUUUCUGUUCUGUUUUUUCCUUUGUGGGAUUAAUAAUAACGCUUUUGUCUUUAAACCCCUUUGCACUGCAUACACUUCCUGUCUCUCUUCGAAAUCCGUUCGAGUUUCUCAAAUCAGCGUCGCAUAUUCUAAGCCAGAUCUUCCACAUCACUUUCGGCUCUUCGCUUUAUCUUACAAGAGUUGGAAUGGAGUCUGAAUUCAAAGCAAUGCUCGAUGAUCUCGAUGUUCUCGAGAAGUCUCUCUCCGAUCCAGCUCCGAUCCACAAGCUGCGAUCACAUGUUGAAAAUAUAGCGACCCUGUCUAAAUCUAAUCCUCACCGGCGUUCCAAAGUCAAGGAACUAAGUUCGGAAGUGGUAGAUAGUAAUCCUUACAGUAGGCUCAUGGCGCUUCAGCGGAUGGGUAUUGUGGAGAACUAUGAGAGAAUACGAGAGUUUUCAGUCGCCAUAGUUGGAAUUGGUGGUGUUGGAAGUGUUGCGGCUGAAAUGUUGACCCGAUGUGGUAUUGGCCGUCUUUUGUUGUAUGAUUAUGACACAGUGGAACUAGCUAACAUGAACAGGCUGUUUUUUCGACCUGAUCAGGUCGGUAUGACAAAGACUGAUGCUGCUGUCCAGACCCUUGCAGAAAUUAACCCUGACGUUGUACUUGAGAGUUUCACAAUGAACAUAACAACAGUGCAAGGCUUUGAAACCUUUGCGUCGAGCUUGAAGAACAAGUCAUUUUGUCCUAACAAGGAGGGCAGUGGUGUGGAUCUUGUUUUGAGCUGUGUCGAUAACUAUGAAGCAAGAAUGGCAGUAAACCAGGCAUGCAAUGAGCUAAGCCAGACGUGGAUGGAGUCAGGUGUUUCCGAAGAUGCUGUUUCAGGCCACAUACAGCUUCUGGUUCCCGGAGAAACUGCUUGUUUUGCUUGUGCACCUCCUCUGGUCGUGGCAUCUGGAAUUGAUGAACGGACACUUAAGCGAGAAGGGGUCUGUGCUGCAUCUCUGCCUACUACUAUGGGUGUCGUUGCGGGGCUCUUGGUUCAAAACUCUCUCAAGUUCUUGCUAAACUUUGGUGAAGUUUCUCCAUACUUGGGAUACAAUUCACUGAAGGAUUUUUUCCCAACCAUGCAAAUGAGACCAAAUCCACAGUGCUCGAAUGGAGUUUGUCUGGAGCGCCAGAAAGAAUACAUGCUUGCAAAACCAGCAAGGGAUGCUGCCGCUAAAGCAAAGAUGGAAGCUGAUGCAUUAACAGUUACGGAUGAUGGUCCAGUCCACGAUGAUAAUGAGUGGAACAUAAGUGUGGUCGACGAUGAAAAUGAGAAGGAUACUACAAAAGCUUCCUCAAGUUCAGAUACAUUGCCCGAAGGGCUUACUCGGGAGCUUCCAGUGGCAGAUGAGUAUGAGAAAGGAAUAGCUAUAGGUUCUGGAGAGGCAGAGGAGGAGGAUGACCUUGAAGAUCUGAAGAAGCAGCUCGAAGCUCUUAAUGCUGCUUGAGUCUUUAUGGGAGACACAGGAUAUAGUUGUUUAGCAAUUUUUACUUGAAAGAGGCUUCAAAUGCAAUUGUGUAAGCAAAAAAAAUUGUGUCCCUUACAUUACAUUACUUUCUUUUCUAUAAAACGUAGGAGAAAUUCCCUCACAUUAUUUCUUUUCUAUUUGUUAAAGGUUUUACAUUUUGAAUUUUUACUAAAAACCUUUUUUUCCUUUUUACUUACUAAUUGGAUGUAAAAAUAUCUAUUUGCGGAUAUAAAAAGAAAAAUGAAAUUUCUCUAUAUUUUUUUUUGUAAAAACAUAAGUUGUAGAGAAUUAUAUAAAAGAUUGUCUCCCUUAUUUUCCAUAGUCAUCGUUUGGAUCGAAAACGUUUGUUAUAAAUUUUUAGUUUGUCUGUUAA